AUGGCAUCAAAUUUAAAGAAAGCAGGCUCUUUACUACGCUACUGGCAGCAACCAUCAACACCAAAAAAAGCUGGUACAAGAAACAGCAGCGUUGGAAGUCAAGAGAUCCGUCUGUAUUCACCUUUUAAGAUCGACACACCAUCUACGAUUGGCAGAAACCGUGUGAAAGUUGUCAAGACCAAGAAUAUUAACAGUGCUAACCUAGAGACACCCACCAGGCUGAGACGAGAGGUGGAGUCUCUGACAGCAAACAUGCAGGCUCUGAGUGCUCUCACACCCAACACUCUCCACAACCGGUGUCGAGCCAGGAGAUCGUCCCCGUAUGCUAGCAAGCCAGUCAGAACUCCCAGGUCGACCCGCAAACGUAUUGUGUUGGAGUAA